CAGCGCCGGGGGGCACCACGGACCCAGGCUCCCCAUGGGGGCUCCGGGGGGGGUCCGCAGGGGAGGCCGGGCCGGGCCGCACUCGGCUCCUGCCCCUUUAACGCGGCGGCGGCUCCAGCCCAGCGCCGGGCCCGGCGGCGGCGCGGGGAAGAUGGCGGAGUCCGGCGGGGCCGAGUCCGCCCUGGAGCGGCCGAGCAGGGCAAUGUUCACAGGAGGGAUGAGAGAAACCAGCCAAGAUGUGAUUGAACUGAAAGGGGUAUCCGCAAAAGGACUGAAACACAUAAUAGACUUUGCUUAUAGUGCUGAAGUGACUCUCGACCUUGACUGUAUUCAGGAUGUGCUGGGAGCUGCAGUCUUCCUCCAGAUGGUGCCCGUGGUAGAGCUCUGCGAAGAGUUCCUGAAGUCUGCAAUGAGUGUUGAAACGUGUCUUAAUAUCGGGCAGAUGGCCACCACCUUCAGUCUCGCGUCCUUGAAGGAAUCAGUAGACACGUUCACCUUUAGGCACUUCCUUCAGAUUUCUGAGGAAGAGGAUUUUCUUCACCUGCCCCUGGAGCGCCUUGUCUUCUUCCUGCAAAGCAAUAAACUAAAGAGCUGCAGUGAAAUAGACCUCUUCCAAGCUGCCAUCCGCUGGCUGCAGUAUGACCAGUCCCGCCGUGCCAACGCCAGCCAGGUGCUCUGCCACAUUCGCUUCCCGCUCAUGAAAUCGUCUGAGCUGGUGGACAGCGUGCAGACCCUGGACAUCAUGGUGGAAGACGUCCUGUGCCGGCAGUAUUUGCUGGAGGCGUUCAACUACCAGAUCUUGCCCUUCCGCCAGCAUGAGAUGCAGUCUCCUCGAACCACCAUCCGUUCCGAUGUCCUGUCCCUCAUCACCUUUGGCGGCACCCCAUACACUGACAAUGACCGGACUGUGAGCGGCAAAGUGUAUUACUUGCCAGACACCAAUGUGCGUCAAUUCAAGGAGCUCACUGAGAUGGAGGUGGGCAGCAGCCAUGCCUGUGUGGCUGUGCUUGACAACUUUGUCUACGUCGUGGGGGGGCAGCAUCUGCAGUACCGCAGUGGUGAGGGAGCUGUAGAUAUCUGCUACCGCUAUGACCCCCACUUGAACCAGUGGCUGCGCAUCCAAGCCAUGCAAGAGAGCAGGAUACAAUUUCAGCUGAAUGUCUUGUACGGCAUGGUGUAUGCCACAGGUGGGAGGAACCGGUCAGGGAGCCUGGCCUCCGUAGAGAAGUACUGUCCCAAAAAGAAUGAGUGGACCUAUGUGUGCUCCCUCAAACGCAGGACAUGGGGGCAUGCUGGGGCCACAGUGGGCGGCAAGCUGUACAUAUCGGGUGGAUAUGGAAUAUCAGUGGAAGACAAAAAAGCCCUGCACUGUUAUGACCCGGCAGCUGAUCAAUGGGAGUUUAAAACCCCAAUGAAUGAACCUAGAGUCCUGCAUGCCAUGGUCAGUGCAAAUACGAGGAUUUAUGCCCUAGGAGGGCGCAUGGACCACGUUGACCGUUGUUUUGAUGUAUUGGCUGUGGAAUACUAUGUGCCUGAAACUGACCAAUGGACAACUGUGAACCCUAUGCGGGCAGGUCAGUCAGAAGCUGGUUGUUGCUUGUUAGAAAAGAAGAUCUAUAUUGUGGGAGGGUACAACUGGCACCUGAACAAUGUAACGAGCAUCGUGCAAGUGUAUAACAUGGAAACAGAUGAAUGGGAAAGGGACCUGCAUUUCCCAGAGUCUUUUGCUGGCAUAGCAUGUGCCCCUGUUAUACUGCCACAAAUAACAACCCAGAGAUAACCAUGUGGGACUGUGCUGUCUGGGAGCUCCUCUGUUGUGUUGCAUGUUCUCAGGACUGUGUGUUGUCUCUUUGUUGUUUGCAAAUAACGUUGUGUGUUUCGUUUGUUUGUUUCGGGGGGGGGGACGGCGGGGAAAGGGAGGAGGAAAAUACUUUGCAUUCCCUUCUCCAGGAAAUCUCCUCCUCCUCUUAAUGUAGCGUUCUGACAGCGUGUUCCCUCAGAAGCACUUGUCGGCCAGUUAGACUUAACAUAUGCUACAGCUAGACAAGGCUCUUCGUUGUUGUCCUGGGGGGGGAGGAUGCAUUUCUCUGGCUGCCCAUCUUUUUAACGAGGUCAUGCAUUGCAGGCAGUGACUGCUCAGGAGCAUGUUAAGUACUGUGGGAUGUUUAGAUGAGUUCCGAUGUGAUUUCAUUAAUGUUUCACAAUUCCAAAAGCUCACUGGGGUGUGUGGAUUUUUGUCAUCGUCUUGUUUUUAACAAACAAAACCAAACUCUUUAUAACAUACUGACCUCCAGAAGCAAUAAGGGGAUACUGGAAACUAGACGAAUUGAGGUGCUUGGAUUAUGACGCAUGUUCUUGGCUUCCCAAGAAGGGGUUUUUUUCUUUCUUUUUGUCUAAUAGGAUACAGGUUCUCUCUGGCCACUGAGGUCUGUGUUGAUUCUGUUUGCUCUUCACCAAAUGGGACAGUUUAAUGAAGCUCCUCCUCCCAUUCCUCCAGAUAACCAUGUAAUGUCCUACUCAACAAAACUCCCCUCAAUUGGGGCACCCAAACUUUGCAACCCGGAGGGGCCAUGUUGGCAGCUCGCCAGGAGCUGGAGUGCAUUGCUAAACGUGCAUGAUUUUCAUAAUUGCCAAUAAAGUGUGACAUCCCCAGCAGUAAGAACCUUGGAGUUGGUAGCUGUUUGUACCCUGAUGAUAUAGGCAGAAGGCACCCAGAGCUGCUUUCUAGGGCCCAUUUACUGCGUCUUUCGCAUCUCCUUCCCCUUUGAGCGCAUUUCCCUUCCCUCCCCUCCCCUAUGCAAAUUUACCCAAACUGGGUUUUUUUAAAUACUACCAAAGAGCCAGGUGGUGCUUGUCCUACUGCGAAAAGGUUCCCCAACCACCCCGUUUAUGAAUAAGAAACGUCCGCUCCUAACACAACAGAACUCUGUGAAAUGUAAAGUCCUGUUGCCCCAAAAUGUUUUAUUCUUUAACUAGAGAUUCAUUUUAAGAGGGCUUUGCAGUGUGUGAAAUAUAUUUGCGUUUUCUGCACAUAGAAGGUUUUUACUUCUCAGAUAUGUUCUUUUUUCAGGUCAGUUUUCUAAGCAAAUUAACAUGUUGGUACAUUGAAGUUUCUCCUUGUAUCAGGAAUUCUGUGCCAAGGGCUUCAUUAUAUUUCUCUUUUUUGGUGUAUGCAAAAUGUUGAGAAACAGUUAGGUUCUGGCAUUAUAUAAAUGCUGAGCUGUUACCUUUUAUAGGGAGUAUAAAAUGUCUGUUUUGCUAAUGUAUCCUUGAUCAGGCCUAUUUCUGCCCAAGUGAUAAAGCAUGAGCUUCAUAAUUCAAAUUAAUUUUCAGAUACCUUUCUCUAGGACUUAAAUUCAGGUAUUUCAAAAAGUGAUACAGUAAGUAUGCAUGUUACCCGGCUAACCUGGUGAAAAUGUAAUUCUCCAUCUUCAUUCCAUAUUUUGCCAGUGAUGAAUGAAUAAAAAUAAAGCCCCCAUUUUGCUGCAGACGUACUAGAGACGCUGCAAAAAAGGUGGCUUACCAACAAAUGGCCAAAAUUUGAGAGGAAAGAAAUGUAAAUAGAAGCACUAAAACAACAAAAUAAUGGAGCCCCUUUUAUUAAAAUAGUCUACCUCUACAUGUUUAUCAGACGUUAGCAAACCCCAAAUGUAAUCUGCCUUUUCUCUUCCAGUUGCAAAGUCCAUGUAACUUUGCAUGGAUUUCUUCCCAGAGGAACACUUCAGUGCUCUUCCCUAUUUUUUUUUUCUAACCUUCAUAUAAAUACUCUUUCUAUGCCAGCAAUGCAGAGCCGAAGAGCAGCCCUCUGAUAACAAACCAAGGUGCAUAUUCCCAGUGCUCACAAACUACCUUACAGUAAACAAACCAGAGAGCCUGCAUGAAGGAUGAGAUAGGAACCUGGUGCUAAGGAAAAUUGAUUUUUUUUGUUUCAAGCUUCGACAGUGGUGAUUAAAUUGUUGCAGGGAAAGAGAAGAGGAAUCUACUUUAGAAAUUAUGAAAAAUACAUUCUUGGGGUCCUUUUUAAAUUACCCUUGUGGAAAAAAAAAUCAGUUUGAAUGCAUCUCUGGAAGGGUGGUUCCUUGAUAGGGGGCUAGAAAAAGCCAUUCCAAAGUGGGCAUUAAUUACGCAGACACUUACCCACUGAACUAGCCUAGUCACUGCACUCCCUUUCCAGUCCCCCAUGGAAUCUGUGCUAGGGUGGGUUUCCUGAUUCUCUAGCCGGAGACUGCUGGCAGAGCAGUGCUAUGCACCAUCUGUGUGUUAAUGGAAUGUUCUUUUUAUAGAUAUAUAUCAAAAUAAAAUUAUUUUUCAUAACGUUAACUUUCAAAAUUCUAGCUGCUCUGAAUCUACAAGAAACUGGCUGAACUCUUGUGAAAAUGUGUCUCUUGUAUACCAGUAAUAAAAGAAGUUUUACUCAUGUAAAAUACAUAGUAAUGGCUCUGAGCUGUAAUAUCCAUAAGCUCUGUUACCCUGAAAAUAAACUGGGUUCUUUGCUGGAUAGAAGCUACUUGAAUGAACAUAGGGUCUACAUGACAAUGAUACUGCUUUAUUUCUUGGAUGCACAGUUCAACAACUUUGAGUCUUAAAGGGACUUAGUGGGAGCAAAAGGUUGAGCUUUCCUGUAUGCAUUUUUCUGUUACAAGCCUGUCAUCUGGGACUGAGUUUGCUUGGAAACCAUCUACCUAUUUACAAGAAGCAUGGACCAGUUUGGGUGCAGAUUUCUCCUUCUCUUCUUUGUCCUGACCUCGCUGGCUUUGUGCCUGUAAUAGGACAGUCUUGUUUGAUAACAUAGUGAUGGUGCUCAGUAUAAAUACGCAGAUAGAUUUGUCCAGAAUUCAUUUUGGGGAGGGGAAGGGGGUGAAAGGACUUGCUUCACUUCUUGUUUUUAUUGUAGAACUCCUCACUGGCCACGUUUGGCUGGUGGAGCUGCACUCCGCGUGAACAGCAAUUGGACUGGGAUCCUCUCCCCUCAAAGAGUGAACAAAGCCAAACAAACGUUUGAUUGCACUCUGAGUCAUUUGUUAGAUUCAGAGCAGCAAUAAACAUUACAGGGAUAAACCUGAUUUGGCACAUUUUUAAAUACACUUGAACAGAUGGGGAGCGGUAAAAGCAAAGCGUCAUUAGUUCUAGGUAUUUGUGCAGCUCAGGCAUGUCACAUUAGGGGCUCAUGGCACUACCAGGAUAAUAGCCUCUGUCAUUUUAUGGGCCUGAAAAUGUACUUCAAACUGUAAAGAAAAAUUGGAGCUCUUGGCAGUGUCCUGUGCUUGGCAGUGUCAGUUUCAUACAGCAGUGUCAUUUCAUACUUUCCCAAAGCUCUGUCUGCUUCAUAAUCUACUUUAGUUUCCCCUACAAUAGAACCUCGCUAAUUCUCACUUAACAACUCCCCAGGCAGGCUAAUGCUCACAAACAGAUCCCAGCCAUCUCACCCCAAUCCUCAAAUUUAGAAUGAAUAAAAGCUCUCUUCUGCUAGUUCCGAGCACUCUGCCAAUUAUUUAAAAUGACAAAAUACAAUACAUUCAGCUCAGCCAUCUUAGCAAGCCACAGCACAUUUAUUCAAACACUCCCACACCCAUCCAGUGGCCAGUACCUCCAUCCAUCUACCUCUCUUCAGAUGCUGAAUGAAACAAACAAGCCUGCAGUGUCCUGUGAAAGUUAGCAAAUCCCAAGGCCUUUACUGAGAACCACAUCCCUCUCUGUUCUAGCAAGGGUGACCUAGCAUCACUUGCUCUGCUGGCCCCAUAUCAUGGGGAGGUGCUGUCUGAUGAGAUGUCAUAUUACUAAAACUCUUUUGUUAAUAACCAUACUGAUCUCCUUUGCAAAGCACUUUGAGAUCUACGGAUGAAAAGCGCUAGUUUAUGAAACAUGAAUGAUUCAAAUCUAACUAUUUUCAGAAUAAAUGAUCAAAGUAUACUUUAUGAUGCUCCUUGGUGUUUUUAACUCACAUUUGUUAGCAGACUUGUUAAGUGACCAACUUCUGUAAGUUAGGUCUCCUGUCAUUAGUGUGAAUCAACAGGGUUUCACUGCAGGUGCCUUAAGGCAAGAGGAAAGCUAGUGUUACUUAAUAAAUCGACAGCUCUAUUAAAAAAAAGUGGAGCCCAUCCCAGUAUUUCAGCUGAAUAUGGGGCUUUUCCAGCAGUAUCUCCUAAUACUGCGUUUGCUGAUGAUAAUUUUAGACCAUUAUUCAGGUGUUUAUAACUACCUCUUAAGGUCCCUUCCAGUUCUAUAUUUCUAUGAUUUGCUUUGGGAAGAAACUUAAUCUGCAAGGUCCUCACCUGGGCAUUGUUUUUUAACCAAACCCAACCUCCCCUAAUUCCAUUUGUUGUGGCGAUUCUUGCAUCGGACUGUGCAUUUUAAACCCUGCCUGGGCAUGGUACUCAAACUGCAGACCCUAAAGCUUCCUGGUUUUCCAUCCUCAUCCCAAGCUACUGGCUGAAUUUCAGUAGCACUUUUUAGUUGAAUAUUUAAACAGAAGGGAAUCACACAGAGAAGUUUGGAACUACAUUUAUGAGCCAGUUGUGAUUUUUAACCUCAUGACAGUUCAAUCCCUGUACGUUCCACAAAGCGGGCAAAUGCUGGCUGAGGUCUCGGCUGUGAAGUCUGGCAAGGAGCAGCUUGAAGACAGCUGCCAAACUAGCUUCAUCUGCAGCCUGAAAUUAGAUUCAGAUUGUAGGACAAAGGGUAAAGAUUUAGUGCCCCAGGACUAGGCAGCAGUAAGAGCCCAGAGUUGCGAACUGAAAUGGAAAUCGGACUAACUGCUGCAGCAAAAGUCUCUAAGGUUUAUUUACUGCAGAGAAAGCAAAUCAAAGCCUCUUGGCUUCAUCCCUGAGGGUUUGCAGCUGCAAUUUCACACCCAGGUCCUGGCACAUUGUUAGGUAGAGCAAUUUCUGUGUCUUAAAAAUAAAAAUAAAACCUUUUUCACUUGUUUAUGCAGACAGGGGCCAAACUCUGCUUCUGGUUACGCGGGUUUAAAUCUGGAGUAAUUCCUUUGAAAUCACAGGAUUUACUCCAGAUUAACGCUAGGGUAAGCAGAGCAGAAUUUAGCCCUGUCAACGAGUAGUGAUAUGUAUCUUUUCCCAGUCACAUUGCUUUGGAAUUGUAUCCAGGAGUUUUUUACAUAUGGUAUCUGAUAACUUUCUUAUCAGACCACUGCUCUGUGUCUCUGUAGGAACAGAGCUUGCCAUUGUUUUACGUGCAUCAUUUCCCUUUCAUCACCAGCCUAGGAUCUCAAAGCUGGAGACCUGUUAAACCUGCGGCCUUGAAGGGCACAGACUUAGAGAUUCAGCAGCCAUUCAUCUUGCUGAGUGGAAGUCUUGUGUUCAGAGUAAGCAUGUUAAUGGCAGCAUUAAGAUACUGAUGCAUAAAUAAAUUUGUGGGCUUCACUGAGGGUUGAAGGAGACAAACUUGUAAUGCAAUUCAUGUAACUAACCUGUGUGUAUGGUGUAGAAUUUGUGGAAAGGAUUUUUGCAUUAGACAUGCGUAUUGGCAGUUUCUUAGGAAGUGAACGCAGUCAAAUAGGACAGUGAUGAGUGCAUUAUAACUACCUAGAUAGGUGGAAAUGCUUUCUGUUUGCUUAGGGAGGAACUUUCUACCCUGCCCCUUUCUGUCUAGUCACCACUCAUCACUUUGAGAUCUGGAUCCUAAAGUGACUGAUUAGAGAAAUCUACCUAAAGUGCUUGUUUCCUAAGUGGAAUUCGGAGUUGGAAAUGGUUGACUUAAAAAUCCCUAAAGGCUGCCUCUUUUCCUGCUUCCCCAGACCUGACACAUGUUUAUUGCUUGUUCAUUAGGUGUGUAAACUAGAACAUUCAGGUUAUUGCAGGUAAUACAGGCUUUCUCUGCUUACCAUGUGGGCUUGAGAGGCUUCCCCAUCAAGAUCUGAGACCUUUAGGUCAUCGGGGAAGCGGUUGUUUGUCCUCUAGGGCUGCAGCUGUUGGGGUGGGGUGGGAACCUUAUCACUGUCUGUAGCAGUAACAUAGAAAAUAUUCCAGCCUUUACACCAGGGAAUGAACACCAUCAUGUUGGAAUUCAGAAAAAGCAAGCCUUGACCCUGUAAAUCUCUUUAUGGGAGAGUUUCAGGCAGGAGCCUUGAAAAUAACCAUAAAGCUGCGUUUAGUUUCCGAGGAUAGGGGCGCAGUGACUUCUCUGCUUUGGUUUGUGGCUUGCAGUUUGGGGAAUCUGUCAUUUGCAUUGUGCAAAACAAGUAACUACAUUCUGCUUUGGAUGGGAAUUCUAUGAACAAGUAACUAGGAUUUGAAUGAAUGAGUCAGAUCUAGCAAAGGGGAACCUUAAGAAGCUGCUUAGAAAGUGCACCUAUUUUGAGGUGCACAGGCCCAGUGUUGGGAAAGCACUUAAGUAUGUCAGUAAUCCAUUCCUAUUCAGCAAAGCACUUAAGAUUGUAUUUCAAAGUUCCAGAAGCACAUUAAAAUUAAGCAUGUGCUCACCUGCUUUGCUGAUAUAGGACUUAAUCAUGUGCUUAAAAUUAAACACAUGCUUAAGUGCUUUGCGGAAUCAGAGCUUUAACUCCUAAAGACUCUGCUGCUCUGAAACUCAGUGUGCAAGUGAAGUUCAGACUCAUACAGCAAAGACAGCAAUCUAGUUCUGGAAACCACUCAAAUGGGUCCACAGUUGGUCUGUAAGUAGUUACCUGGUUACACUGAAUAAACAACUUUCGGUAAUGUUCCAGGGAGUGAAAGUUAAGACACUCAAACACCUGAACUGCUUGGGUUUUCCAGACAUUCUAGUUUAUUUGGUGAUCCAGUUCCAAUGCAACAAAGAAGACCUCUGCUUUCAGAAAGUCACUAAGUGCCUUCAUUUUCUACCCCUCAUCGGGGCAAAUAAAUCCAAAUCAUUCACAAAGGAGUAGAUGUUUCAUUUCUAUGGCUAAAGAGAACAUCCACAGUUACAUUAGGUAAGAAAUAUGAGGGAUCAAACCUUCACGCCUCAGGGCAUGAGCUAACUGGCUGGGGCUAGGAACAAACUCCUGCUGUGGGCUGUUUAUUCCAGAAUGGUCCAUUGUGGGGGAUUCUUGCACCUUUCCUCUGAAGCAUCUGGUGUGGGGCAUUAAAACAGGAUACUGGACUAGAUAGACAAUAGGUGUCCUCUGGCCUCUCAGCUGAGUCUGGACAUCUGUCUACCAGGGACUAAGACCUAUCAACUCAGAAGGGGGUGUUGAGGCUGCAUUUCAGCAGUGGGUGAAGUAAGCUCUGUCUUGACAGCCUGUGAAGUCCCUUGAGAGCCAGUGUCUACUGGAUUAAUGCUGUAUGAGUGUAACGAAGUAUAAUCUUUACAGAGAGACGUAGAAGGAUACAAGAGACUGCAGCUCAAUGUAAUUUGAAACUCCCAAAUACACAACCUGAGAGACCCCCAUCCCAACACUGGGAAUAGCAAGGAGGGAUGCGGUCACCUUCAAAUUUGACUGUUACCACGUCAACUACCUCAGGUCAGAUGCAUCUAAAGCAGGGCCUUGUUUGCAGCAAAACCUGAUGCAAGCCUUUUAGCCCCUGUGCUUCACUAACUCCAGGUGAGCUUCGGAGCCACCUUCAGCACUUUGGUCUGUCCUAAUCUCAAAGGUGCUUCCAUCACAAAAGGUGUAGAGGGAUGAGGUAGGUCUAGCUACCAUCCCAGGGUGUCCCUGUUGUAGGGGAGGGAGAGCUCAGUGGUUUGAGUAUUGGCCUGCUAAACUCAGGGUUGUGAGUUCAAUCCUUGAGGGGUCCAUUUAGGGAUCUGGGGCAAAAAUUGGGGAUUGGUCCUGCUUUGAGCAGGGAGUUGGACUAGAUACCUCUCCUGAGGGCCCUCCCAACCCUGAUGUUCUAUGAUAAGUUUUCCAGUGAGACCAUCAGUGUUCUCAUAUAGCCCAUCUGUGCUCAAGGUGGAAAGAGGGGCAGUCAUAUAAAUAACAUUCCUGGCCUCAGCUCAUCAUUUUGUCAAAUACUUAGCACAGCAUUUGCUGGGGGAAGGGUGAAACCUGGCACUGGGCUGAACUGCCUCCUUGCCAGAGCCUUAAUGCAAUCAAGAUUUAUACUGGCUUCCAGGCCAUGCACGCAGCUGUAGCCCAGACCCCAGCCACACCCCAUAAUGUGCAACUAUGCGUCGGAGAAAGACUCCAGAAGCAAGAAAAUGUGUGAAUAUUUUGCAAGAAAAAUUUAAAAACGAUGUAAGAAGUUUUAACAAGUUUACAAAUACUUACCAUGUAAAUAUCCGAAAGAAAACAGUUACCAUGACCAGUUAGCAUUUGUUCAGAGAGGCGUACAGGCAUGUAGUCAUCAUAUCUUUCUAUCUGACAGGCGGUUAGAAUAUUCGAGUGAGAAUCAUUGCAACACCUAUAAUGUCAUUUCGAAUGAUUUGAUUAAGUUUAACAUAUUUAACAGACCAGGCAUCUCUCUCCGCUGUUAAUAUUCAGGAACAAUUGGAGAGGUGUGCUGGGUUUUUGUUUUUUUUUUGCAUGCAAGUGUACAUUGAAUAUUGAAUAAACAGUAAUCAAAUUUA